AGCGACUCCUCUCGCGAGCAAAGCUCCACAUCGCCCUUUCGUGUCCCUUUCGCCGUCUGCACCACAUCGCCAUGCGUGAGCUCGUCCACGUCCAGGGCGGCCAGUGCGGCAAUCAGAUCGGCGCCAAGUUCUGGGAGGUCAUCGCCGACGAGCACGGCAUCGACCCCACGGGCACCUACCAUGGCGAUUCCGACUUGCAGCUGGAACGUAUCAAUGUCUAUUUCAACGAAGCCACUGGUGGGCGUUACGUGCCCCGUGCCGUGUUGAUGGAUCUUGAGCCAGGCACCAUGGACAGCGUGCGAGCCGGUCCCUUUGGCCAGCUCUUCCGCCCGGACAACUUCGUCUUCGGGCAGACGGGCGCGGGCAACAACUGGGCGAAGGGGCACUACACCGAGGGAGCCGAGCUGAUCGACUCCGUCCUGGAUGUGGUGCGCAAGGAAGCCGAGGGAUGCGAUUGUCUACAGGGCUUUCAAUUAUGCCACUCCUUGGGUGGCGGCACCGGCGCGGGAAUGGGCACUCUCUUGAUCUCCAAAGUGCGUGAGGAGUACCCGGAUCGUAUCAUGGAGACCUUCUCCGUGAUCCCCUCGCCCAAGGUCUCGGACACCGUGGUCGAGCCCUACAACGCCGUUUUGAGCUUUCAUCAGCUGGUGGAGAACUCGGACGAGUCCUUCUUGUUGGACAACGAAGCCUUGUACGACAUCUGUUUCCGUACCUUAAAGCUCACCACUCCAACCUAUGGUGAUCUGAACCACUUGGUCUCAGCUGCCAUGAGCGGCGUGACCUGCUGCCUGCGCUUCCCGGGACAGCUGAACUGCGACCUCCGCAAGAUCGCGGUGAACCUGGUGCCCUUCCCCCGUCUGCACUUCUUCAUGACCGGCUUCGCGCCCUUGACCUCGCGUGGCUCCCAGCAGUACCGCGCGCUCACCGUGCCCGAAUUGACGCAGCAAAUGUUCGACGCUAAGAACAUGAUGUGCGCGGCUGAUCCGCGCCACGGGCGCUACUUGACGGCCGCCGCGCUCUUCCGCGGCCGCAUGUCCACCAAGGAGGUGGAUGAGCAGAUGCUGAACGUGCAAAACAAGAACUCGUCCUACUUUGUGGAAUGGAUCCCAAACAACAUCAAGGCAUCUGUUUGCGACAUUCCACCCAAAGGACUGAAGAUGGCUGUGGCCUUCGCGGGCAAUUCCACCGCCAUCCAGGAGAUGUUCAAGCGCGUGGCGGAGUACUUCACCGCCAUGUUCCGCCGCAAGGCCUUCUUGCACUGGUACACGGGUGAAGGCAUGGAUGAGAUGGAGUUCACCGAGGCCGAGUCCAACAUGAACGACUUGGUCUCGGAGUAUCAGCAGUACCAGGAUGCGACGGCUGAAGAGGAGGGUGAAUUUGAUGAGGAAGAGGGCGAAUAUGACGGAUGAGGGAAGAAUGGAUUUCAGCCAGAGCAGCCAGAGCAGCCAACAAUGUGGUCAGUUUGUUAGUUUGUUUGGAGGCUUCGGUUUUGAUGUUCCAGGUGUGAAGGUGCUUCCGUUGUUGACGUUUUCUUGGUCCUUGAAUGCAUCUGAUGGGGCUGGCUGGUCAUUCUGUUCCUUCUCGCUCUCAACCACUCGAACUGAGCUGCAUGGAA